CGCUCACUUCCGUUCUUCGAAGUGGGCGAGCCGGCGUUGUCGCAAGCGAUCUCAAACGUAGCCUACAACUUACCUCCGCCAUUGAUAGUGAAAGACAGUGUGCUUAAGCAUCUCACAGAUGAAUAUUUCAUUGACGCGGGCCCCCGGAUUCCGUAGCUGCGCUGCAUGUUCGCGUAGCAUGAACUAGCCAAUCAACCUGCUUCGACCCCGCCCCUUUCGGUUCGGCUCGUCCCUUUCUCAUUGCCAGGAUCGAAGUUUCCGGUCCAGGAUGCCACGUCCGAAGAAGCCAGGGGCGCCGGAGCCGAAACGUCGAAGCCGAAAUGGUUGUUGGUGAGUUGACUAUGCUCUGUGACGUUGAUGCCGUGCAAAGCUCGGAAAGUGAAAUGUGGUGAAGAACACCCGACGUGUAUCAAUUGCCAACGAACUGGGGAGCCUUGCGAUUACAGUGUACGAUUAAAUUGGGAGGGCCGUCGAACGAAGAGAUCUCUAUCUUUGGGAACGCUACUAGGGACCGCCCAGCCAUCCAAAGAUUCCUCCCACACAGAACAGCCAUCGUUCAAUCAUACGUUUACCAUUAACAACCCGACCCAGGGUUUAGAUCCGAAGCCUAUAGCGAAACGCGUCCAGACUGCUCCGGUCAGCGUUGAGACAGGGAAGAGAAAGCUCGAACAGCUAGAGUCUUAUAAUGACUGCUUGAGUCGAUCUCAGGGUGCCUCUUCCCGAUCGAUCCAGCAACAGCAUGGCAGUAAUUUUGCUCCGCCACUUAGCACCCCAAACCAUAAUGCUCGAAUCCAUUCCUCGACGUCAAGCCUACGUCGAAUCGUUCCCGCAACUCCAAACACUUCACAGAGAUUAUACAAGAGGUCCAAAUCCCUUGCUGAGUCAGGUAACCCGGAUGCGUUCAGCCAGUAUGGCCCUAUAUCUUCGCCAAUUUCUCUAAUGGGGGAAACUCCUCCCGCGUCUCUUCUCCGCUCGGGUACUGUUUCAACGCCGAUCGGUUCUCCCUUAACGCCCGUCUCGCUAGGAAUCAAAUCUGACGAUGAGAUGAGGUCGCCCAGGUUAAGCCUGCCUCCGCCAGCGUCCCCAGAAAAUAGUCGACUAUCUGUAGACUAUCUGCUCUCGAGCUCUCCCCGCCAUGUGUAUGGUGUGAACAAGGGACUGGUUCCGUCUUUUGGUCCACCUUUAUUCAACUCUGGAUUCAAGCAGGAGAAUCAUGAUAUAGGGGCCAUAUCUCAGACCGUGGCUUCUAUUAAACAUUCUGGGCAUAUCCUCCAAGCUGUUGGUGUUGGAUUUGAUUCCCAGCAAUACGAGAGCAGCCAAUUCACGGUGCCUGGGGUCGGGUACUAUGGCCAGCCUAUUCCGAUAUGGAUACCACGAAACAUUGAGCCCCUUCCUGCCAAACUUCGCGAAAAUUCCAUGAACCUCCUUGUAAGUCCGGCUUUGAGUUAUCAAGUAGAUGUUUACAUAACACUGAUGACUUUGGUAAACAGUACUUCCAUCACUUCCUGAACCACACCGCCAAGGUUCUCGUACCAUACGACGACCCCAAAUCCAAUCCCUUUCGC